GCUACUUAUAUCUUCCGUCUAAAAAUAAAAAUAUUUUUUACCAUUUCGCUCACAAGAAUCCACAUGUCUUUUUUUUUUUAAAUUCUUGUCACAGGUCACUUGUCAGCAACGAGUAAAUAAAUAUUAGUACUUUUAACUCAAAAGUCAAAACAUUGUGGCGUAUUUCAGGUUAUCAAUAACCAGGCUCAUUAUUUCCUUGAAAUAUACAUAGUGUAAAUAUUAAGGCUUUAAUUUCGUUACUUACUAUCAAAAGAUAUGGGGAAGACUUCGAAAGACAAAAGAGAUAUAUAUUAUAGGCUAGCAAAAGAAGAGGGUUGGCGAGCUCGAAGUGCAUUCAAACUUCUACAAAUAAAUGAAGAAUAUGAUAUAUUUAAAGGUGUAUUACGUGCUGUGGAUCUAUGUGCUGCUCCCGGUAGUUGGAGCCAAGUUUUGAGUAAAAAAUUGAGGCAAAACACAGACAAUGUCGAUGAUGUAAAAAUUGUAGCGGUUGAUUUACAAGCUAUGGCUGCGCUACCAGGUGUUAAACAAAUUCAAGGAGAUAUAACUAAAGUAUCGACAGCUAACGAAAUAAUUCAGGAGUUUGAAGGCUCAAAGGCUGACUUGGUUGUAUGUGAUGGUGCACCUGAUGUGACUGGCUUACAUGACAUUGACGAAUAUAUCCAAUCUCAACUCCUACUGGCUGCACUUAACAUUACAACACAUGUUCUUAAGGAUGGAGGGGUUUUUGUUGCAAAAAUAUUUAGAGGGAAAGAUGUUACACUGCUUUAUUCUCAAUUAAAACAGUUUUUUGAGUAUGUGACUGUUAGUAAACCACGAAGCUCAAGAAAUUCUAGCAUUGAAGCGUUUGUUGUGUGUCAAAAUUAUACGCCUCCCCCAGGUUAUACCCCUACUAUGGCGAACCCUUUGUUAGAUCAUAAAUAUUGUGAUUUCAACGAGUUCACUGGUGUUAAUAGAUUUAUUGUACCAUUUAAUGCAUGUGGUGAUCUUAGUGCUUAUGAUUCUGAUACCUCAUAUCCUCUUUUAUUAGAAGGUCAAACAACAUAUGAGUACAAGGAACCUGUACAAAGUCCAAUAAAUCCUCCUUAUAAGGAAGUGCUGGAAAUGACAAAAAAUUUACAAAUAAAUAAAUAAUUAUA